AGUUAUUUUUGCUUACAAGUUUCUUUUGUAAUCUAGGCCCAAAAGGCGAAUCGACCUUUCUCUCUUCCAUCUAUCCUCCAAAGAUGUCUAGCAUGUAUGGCUCAAAUCCAGUCUUGGAGCUGAUGCAAAAAGCAGAUCGAUUGGCAGAAGCAUUCGACAGUACUCACCAGCAUACAUUACCAAUCGUACAGGAAUUACUUGGUGUUCUAACUUCUCCUUCCAGUGCAGAUUGUGAUCCGAUGGAACGUGUUGAACAGAAGUUGGGUUACCUUCGCAUCGCAUUGGAGCACAUGGAAAAGAGCGUGACUGAAAUGAUGUCGAUGCUUUAUCAAGUUGAUGUCUUUCUCGAACAACCUCAGACACAAGGAGUAUCGUCAAAAGAUCCAAGGGCAGCAUUAGAGCACGUCAGUGAUCUAUUUCAUAUGUAUCAAUCGGAACUUUUGGAAAAGCGGGAAGCAUUGGCGGAUCUAACGUGUGAAGAAAUCUCACCUGCUGAUUUUGCACAACGAUGGAGUAGUCUAGAUUCAGUUAAAAGCGGAAGAAAACAAACAAUGGAUGACCUAGCAGACCUCUUAGCCGGUCUUGGAUGAGACCUGUGUCACCACGCAUCAAAAGCAUUUUGUACCAUUAUCGUCCGGCAAUGUACUAUACAUCUAUGCAAACGUCUAUGCUUCUCUCCGCACAUCGGACGCUUAUCUUCCCUU